GGGCCUCCCGUGGUGGAGACGAGCCCGCCUCAGGGUAACCAUAGAGUUGGCCUUCCGCGAGCAAGAAGGGACUGACGCACACCAUAGAGAAUAACGCCGAGGUGAUAGAGUGUCCUGGGCACGCCGGCUCCGUCCGUGGCAGGGUUUGGGGUGCCUAGCGCAAUGGCCUCCCGUGCGGGCCCCCGGGCUGAGGGCACUGAUGGGAGUGACUACCAGCAUCGCGAGAGGGUGGCCUCCCAUUACCAGAUGAGUGUGGCCCUGAAGUCCGAGAUAAAGAAGCUGAUCUACGUGCAGGUGGCCAUCUGGCUGCUGCUCCUGGCCCAGAUGUGUGUGGGUCACCUGAAGCUGCUGCCCCAUGACCAGGUGGCCAUGCCUUACCAGUGGGAGUACCCCUAUCUGCUCAGCAUCAUCCCCUCUCUCUUCGGCCUCAUGUCCUUCCGCAACAACAUCAGCUACCUGGUGCUGUCCAUGAUCAGCACAGGCCUGUUCUCGGUGGCACCCCUCAUCUACGGCAGCAUGGAGAUGUUCCCCAUGGCGCAGCAGCUCUACCGCCACGGCAAGGCCUACCGCUUCAUCUUCGGCGUCUCUGCCGUCUCCGCCAUGUACCUGCUGCUGCUGGUGGCGGCACAGGUGCAUGGCUGGCAGCUCUACUACAGCAAGAAGCUCCUGGACUCCUGGUUCGCCAGCACGCAGGAGAAGAAGAGGAAAUGAAGAGGGGCUGGGGGCCACACACCUGUGUGACUUGGAGGGGUGGGGGGUGCCACAUCCCCAGGGGGCUGGAUGGCACCAUGGUGGGGGUCCCCACUUUUGGGCAGCUCUGCUGGUAAACACUGAAAGCUCCCUAUAGAUUGGGCUGCCCUGCCAGGCAGCCAGCCGGAGUGCGCUCAGGGCCCCUCCAACCCUAGCCCUGGCUGCAGUGACUGAACAUGGGCCAGAGCUGGGUAGGGGGGCAGUCCUCAUGCAACCAGGGUCCCCUCACCAGAAGUCCCCAGCAGCACUCGGCUUUGGUGCCUCUGCCCGGUUGGCUGGGAUGAGAGGGGCCCAGGUGUAGCACAAGGGGGGGCAGCCACCAGCCCUUACUGAUAUCCCCAUUUCAUGGAGCAGAAAGGUGCCCUGACCCCAGUGCCUCUGCCCUGAAGUCUGAUGACAUGGCACAGCCCCAGGGCUGCAGACGCUGGUUGGCGUGGCACUGCCCACUACCACAGUGGCUUGUGCUGGGCUGAUGUUUGUGUCUGAGGCCCAGUCUGCACCAGUGCCCUGCCCAGAUUGCCCUGGGGGCAUGCAGGUUUCUCCCUUCCCCCGCAGCCGGGUGCAUUCCGUGCUCCGACAGGGAAUGAACGGCUCCAGGUCACCAGCGAGCCAGUGGUCUCAGGCCAGGUGCCCCUGCCCCAGCGAUGGGAUGAAAUAAAGAGCCGCCUUGCUGAA